GUGUGGCGGUAGAUCAGAUCAGUAGUCAUUUGGCAUACCCGCAGCCUGGAGGCAGCAGCGGACACGCAGAGCCUCUACUGUAACUAUCCGGAAACAGACACGAGGCGAGCAAAACAUUUUCCACCGGCUCUUUCUCUUUGUCCAUCACCUCCCUGCUGAAGCAACAUCCACAGCAACACCAUGGCGACUGUAGAUACAAAACUAUACGACAUUCUCGGAGUGUCGCCAUCCGCUACUGAAAAUGAGCUGAAGAAGGCAUACCGGAAACUUGCGAAAGAAUACCACCCCGACAAGAACCCAAAUGCCGGUGACAAGUUCAAAGAAAUUAGUUUUGCCUAUGAGGUCCUGACCAACCCUGAAAAGAAGGAACUUUAUGACCGCUAUGGAGAGCAAGGCUUGCGGGAAGGAGGUGGGGGUGGACCUGGGAUGGACGAUAUCUUCUCCCAUAUCUUUGGCGGUGGACUUUUUGGAUUCAGGGGAGGCCAGAGCAGUCGUUCCAGAAAUGGAGGCCGGAGGAGAGGAGAAGACAUGGUCCAUCCGCUCAAGGUGUCACUGGAGGACGUUUACAAUGGGAAGACAACUAAACUACAACUUAGCAAGAAUGUACUGUGUAGCACUUGUAAUGGGCAGGGAGGUAAGACGGGCGCUGUACAAAAAUGUACAACAUGUCGGGGGCGUGGCAUGCGCAUCAUGAUCAGACAGCUGGCCCCUGGAAUGGUCCAACAGAUGCAGUCUGUGUGUACUGAUUGUAAUGGAGAAGGUGAAGUUAUCAGUGAGAAAGACCGCUGUAAAAAAUGUGAGGGCAAGAAAGUGGUGAAGGAGGUGAAGAUUCUGGAGGUACACGUGGACAAGGGCAUGAAGCACGGCCAGAAAAUUACCUUCGGAGGGGAGGCUGACCAGGCGCCUGGCGUCGAGCCUGGGGAUAUAGUCCUUGUCCUGCAGGAAAAAGAGCAUGAGACAUUCAGGCGAGAUGGCAAUGACCUGUUCAUGAACCACAAGCUCGGGCUGGUGGAGGCGCUGUGCGGCUUCCAGUUCAUGCUCAAACACUUAGACGGAAGACAGAUCGUCGUCAAGUACCCUGCUGGCAAAGUCAUUGAACCAGGCUCGGUGAGGGUGGUGCGAGGAGAAGGCAUGCCCCAGUACCGAAACCCUUUUGAGAAAGGAGACCUGUUUAUCAAGUUUGAUGUUCAGUUCCCAGACAACAACUGGAUCAGCCCCGAGAAACUUGCGGAGCUGGAGGACAUGCUGCCCUCACGGUCAGAGCCGCCCAUCAUCACGGGAGACACAGAGGAGGUGGAUCUGCAGGAUUACAACGUCAGCCAGAGCUCGUCGUCGGGCAGCCGCAGAGAGGCCUACAACGACAGCUCCGACGAGGAGGGUGGCCACCACGGGCCGGGGGUGCAGUGUGCCCACCAGUAGUCUCAUACUCUCUCACAUACACACACAUACGACCCACGGUCUACUUGGGGAGAAAAUGUAUGAGUUGCAGAGUAAACAAGGACUGAAAAGGCUUGGUAGUUCAUCAGACACAGAUCAAACACAUGUUGAGUCACGGCACCUGGAAUUAUUGAUGUUAUUGACUCGUGUGCUGGGAUUAUUUUGAUCUGUGUGUGAAGAACUCACACUGGGGCAGCCAAAGACUUACUACACUGCACCUGAAACAGAUUUAGACACUUUAAACUUCAGGCAGAAGUCAUAUAUGUAUUUAAGAUGUAUCUAAAGAAAUGGUCGCCCCAGUGAACGCCAUGCCACGUAGGACAGUGAUCUGGUGUUUAAGGUGAACCCCCACUCCUCUACUUCUCCGUCACCCCUGUUAGAGUCCGCUAAUGGGAACUCCAGAUCAGUCGAAGAACGGAAUGUUUCUUGUUUGCUGAGUGUGUGACUUGCAUUUUGUUUUCAUAGUAUUUACAAUAAUUAAGAACUAACCGAUGUGCAUACACAGACAAAGCAGCUGAGCAAUGUGACGUGCAAAUCCUUGGACUCAUGUACUCAUGGAUUCAUCCACUCAGCCCCAUUCGUAGGAUUUGUUUCUGAUUUUUACAGCUUUAUUUUCUUUGUAGGUUUUUACUUGUUAAUUUUUUUCCCCUUUCUUUAUAUUUUAAUUGAAAGAGAAAUUUGGUUAUUGUGUUUAUCAUUGAACUGGUUGUUGGUAGCUUCAUCAGCUGCUGUGUUCAAAGCUGUGUGAUUUUUAAAAAAAAAUGACAAGUGAAAUGAUAAAAACGUAUAGCCUGUGUCUGUGCAGAGACCAUGUGCAUGUAAAAAGCUUUGGUUCCCGCACUUAUAAAAACAUCAAAAUAAAGCAGCACACUUCUUAAGAAAAUGUCUAUGAAGUUGUUGAAUAAAUGGGUGAAAUAUCA